AUGGCACAUAUCUUCAAGAUCCACUGCACAUCUGACUUGACGCAUAGUUCACACUCCCUCGACGAAAAGGGAUACGAGCCUGGCGAGUACGCAGUCAAGCAGGUUGGUCUCUUGGAUGCUGAGAAUUUCAAUCCCGAAUACAUCAAAAUCAAUCCAAACGGCACCAUUCCGUCCUUAACAUCCGUAUCCCUAUCAGAGCCUCUUAUCGAAAGCGCAGACAUUGUAAAGUAUCUAGACUCCAACCGUCCCAACGGUUCUCCUUUAUUCCCAGCCGAUGCCAGGCUAGCCUCCAAAGUUGAAGAAUUGAUUACGCACGUUCAUCAACCGCAUCUCUCAACAAACCUCAUCCUCCUACAGGCCCGGGAUCCAGCAGAACUCGGCAAAAAAACAACAAGUCCCAUGAAAGACUUCGUUAACAAGCGGCAGGAAAAGCUCAUCAAGUAUGGUUCAUCGCAUCCUGAAAUCCCACUAUAUGCAAUGCGCACCCCAGACAAUGGACACUUAUAUCGUCUGUACAAUACUGCUAAGAUUUCACCUGAACAUGAACAGUUCUUUGAAGCCUCGCGCCAGGCGUAUAAGGAUUAUGCUGCUGGGCUCGACAAGCUCGAUUCCAUGCUCGUGCUACCCUACGCGGUUGGCGAGCAUCUUACGGCCGCCGAUGUGCAUAUUAUACCCUGGUUGGCUCAUGCGCUGUGGGCGGCUGGGGCAAAAUCUAUUGAUGACUUGGAGCCUCUAAGGAGUCUUGUCGGGAGAUCUGUACCGGGCUUUGAAUUUGGGGAGAAUAUCAAGACAUGGUGGGGGAAUAUUGCGGCAAGGGAGAGUUUUAAAAUUAAUUAUCCCUCCUUGCAUUAA